GGGCUUCGGAUAGGAAAAUCGUUCCACACAACAAAGCACUUAUUUGAGGCUGUGAAAAAUUGCAAAACAAGCGUCGAUCCGAUCGUCGUUACUUAAUAAAACGCAAAAAUACGGGCGAAGAUCGUGAAGGUGCUUGAGCUUCGGUUUCAAAGAGGGUGAAUUGGAUAAUUGGCAGAAAAUGGUGCGUCGACGUGCAACAAAAGCUGGCGCGCUUACUGCUGCAGUAGGACGAGGCGUUACCAGUAAUUUAUUAGAAAAUGGAGAAGCUAAGGCCACAGCAGUUGGCUGUGCACAUCUGGAUGAACAAUAUUUUGCCAGUCCUAAACGGAAAGAUUGUAAAGUUGAAAACUGCACACAUGAAAUGUUGCUUAUUCGGAAACAGAAAAACGAGAAAGAAACGAAAGCACACGGAAAAACAAAAUCGUCAUCAUCUACAGUCAAAGCAAGUAGCGAAAGGGGCGGUAUUGCAGGUCGCACCAUUGGUGUUCCUUUAGCCACGCGGUCUCAAACACGUACAAUAGAAAAUUUUUUCAAAGCUAAAAAUGCUGCCAGUAAUGAAAAAGUGCAGGAGAACGACGAGACAAAGAUUGAAGCACUAAAUUCUGGGUCGGAUGAAGCGUAUUCGUUUGAAAACUUGCCCUACUACAAUGGUAAUGCACAGCCACCGACUCCAGACACGCCAUGUGAACUUGACGAAGACACAAACGACACUGAAUAUUCAGCUCAACUAACAGAGGAAGCUGUUUUUGGGGUCGACUUUUUUACACACCGUUCGCAAUUACGUGAUAGUCACUCAUCAACAGGCAGCGCGUGUACAAAUAUUAGCAAUACAGAAAAUAUUUUUCUACAGGAACCUGUGCUGACAUUAAAUGUCGAUAAAACUCCCAAUCAAGCCACAUCCAUCAAGAUCAAUACGACAUUAGAAGUAGAGCCGGUAUUUUCUUCGCCGCCAGCACUCGCAUCUGUACUGAAUGGCCGUUUUAAUCAAGUUGUUACGCUCAAUAUACAAAAGAUUUCGCCUUAUAAGCGUGAACCAUUUUCUUGUAAAUUACAAAAUAUGGCUGAACUUACCUGUCAUCAGCGUGAUGUGGUAGAAGAAUUGGUACCAGAUCAGGACAAUGAGGUUCAAAACGAUAAUGACAAUGACAGCAGCUCAUGCGAUAGUGGCGUUGCCUUCACCGCCUCGCUCAAAAUGGAGGAACUGCGUGCGGAAGAGUACGAUAAAACCAAUGCUGUUGCGACUGGUGAACCGGCACGUCGAAGAAAACCAGCAACACCACAUCGCAUCCUCUGUCCCUCACCAAUCAAGACUAUGCCUCACAUGAUCUCACCAAUGCACGCUGCCAUUGCGACCGGCAGAAUCUCGUCUCCAUCUGGUCGCAAAAUUAACAAAGAGCAUUUAUCGCCACGUAAAUCACCACGAAAAGUUACAAAUAUUCACUCGAAAUCACGCCGAAGACUGAAUCAGCAAAAUGAGUUUAGUGCAUUCAAUGCUGGAGACGAAUCAAAUAAACCGCUAAGUAAUGGGUAUAUAGUUUCAAUGGUGGACAACAAUGUUAUUGAGGAUAAGCACCAUGAAGUCCUCAAAAGCGAAAAUCUUAAAGCAGACAUCCCUACUCAUUCACACAAGUGUACUUUGAUUAACGAGAAUAUGAAACAACCACAAAAACCGCUGACUUCUAAAAGUCACAUAGUCAAGACGAAAUUGCAAAAUGGCUUCCCACUGGCUAUAACAAACAAUAAUCGCGACCUGAAAGAAUUCUUUCCCGUUCGUCGUAGUGUGCGUAAAACAAAAACUGUCGUAAAAGAGGAAAUGAUGCGUACUCUAGAAAAGGCUAUAAUAGAAGAGCAGGCCGAUGGACUUAAAGUGGCGCACUUUGAAGGCAAAGGCCGCGGAAUCAUAGCCGAUCGACACUUUCAACGCGGGGAAUUUGUUGUAGAGUACAUAGGUGAUCUCAUAUCGAUGGCCGAGGCAAGCGAGCGCGAGAAGAGUUACGCUUUGGAUGAAAAUGCAGGCUGUUAUAUGUACUAUUUCAAACACAAAAAUCAGCAAUAUUGCAUCGAUGCAACGGAGGAUACCGGAAAACUGGGACGACUAGUGAAUCAUUCGCGAAAUGGCAAUCUCGUUACAAAAGUAGUAGUAGUUAAGCAACGUCCGCACUUGAUAUUAUUGGCUAAAGAUGAUAUUGAGCCUGGCGAGGAAUUGACCUACGACUAUGGUGAUCGCUCAAAGGAGUCACUAUUGCAUCAUCCUUGGCUGGCAUUCUAGAAACUCAGCAGAGGUUUAAGGAGGCUAAUCCACAUUUAGCAUGACAAGUGCAAGCAAAUCAAGGGCACAACGAUGAAAAUCGUAGAGAAGAGCUAUUAUCUGUCAAAAUGCUACUUAAACUUAAAUGAAAUGACUUUGUUCGUGUAUUUCUUUGGCUCAAAGGCAGUAUAGCUGCUCAAGUAAUAAUAAUAUUAUAAAGAAAGGGUUCUAAUGAUAAAUGCCUAUGGUUCGAAAAAGCGUAUAACUUAUAAAAAAAAAAACAAUAAUAGAAAUUUAAUAACAUUAACAUUUUGUAUACUUAUUUCGGUAAUUGUUAAUGCUUUAUUAGUAAUAAGUCCAAAAAAUGGGCCUUGCACAGUGUAACGGAAGAAGAAGUUAAUGUAUUGAUUUUAAAUGCAAAAAAAGGCACAUUUUUAAGAGUAAUCGAAAUUUUUAGCCUUACAUUGAAAGCGAAAUACUAAAUUAUAUUUGUUGAAAAUUAGACUUUUCAGGUAACGAACUACAUAUUAAUUUUGGGUAAUGCCUCCAAUAAGGUAUUUCUUUAAUUUUCGAUCUACAUUGUUACACUGUGCUAGUCUCUUUUUAUCUAUCAUUCUACAACAUAACUGAAUUGUGUUCAAAAAGCACUGCGCCGAUGACGGUAUUCGUGCCAGUUACAUACAAUGAAAUUUAAAGCUGGAAAUUCACUGCAAUUUUUGAGCAACAUUCGAAAUUUUCUUUUAAAUGUGCCACAAUUCAAAUUUUUCUUGUAACUGCACAGUAGAAUAAAUUAGUUUAAUUAAAAAAGAAACAAGUGCAGUUGUUUGAAGCACUCUUUUUGCAAACAAAAGCGAAUGACGCCUAUACCACUUGGAUCGCAUAUAUUAAGAUAGUACAUACAACACACAGUCAGAUACAGACACGUUUUCAGAAACUUACAAAAUCUAUUUAAAUAAAUUAUGUUAAAAAGGCAUAUGGCAUUGUUGUAAUAUUAUUAAGUUUAAUUUGUAUCUUUAAUCAUUAAAAAAAAAAAACUGCAGUUACACGAAUAAAUACAUGCGUAUUACACACUUCUUUUGUGACUAAUAAAAAUAACAUAUGAACACUUAAACGUAAAUGUAGUUAACAAUUUACAUAUUUAUAUGUGGUCCUAAUGGCCGUAGGUAUAAUAAUGAAAUAAAUAUACAUACAUACAUAUGUUUUAAUAUUAUGAGUAACUUAAAAGGCAGUAUACAUUUUGGCUAAUCGUAAGUUUAAAUUAUAUAUAACAGAAUGCCCAUCGAAUUGGUGUUAAACCCCGCAGCAUAGCAUAGUACUUACAUAUCUGUGGACUUUUGGCAAAAUAACUUCUCUCGAGUGAGGUCAUUUUCUCUUCAAAGCAGUAAUUCAUUGAGUUCUCAAAUGUUAUUUUUAUGUUUAGUCAUUAACAGGAGUAGUUCAAGAUGAUAUCUUAAUGAAAGUUAAAUAAACAUGUAACAUUUUUAAAUGGAAGUUCUUUAUAGAUUACUCUAAAUUCCAACCUACAGAAAGCACAGAGGUUGUUUUGUCAAAAGUCAACAGAUAUGUACAUCUGUAUAUGUGCUCACAUAAUAUAUUUUUUUGUAGAUAAAUGCAUGUCAUUUUAUUAUGUUUGCAACUAUAUAUUACAAACAUAUCUACAUAUAUCUACUAGAUGCAAACUAACUCAUGACAACCACAAAAUAUCAAGAAUAUGAUUUAGCAAAGAACAAAACACAAAAGCAAAUGUAUAGUAUAGUUUCCCAGCAGGCCACUAGGUCAGCAGUGACAUACAUAAUUUAUAUCAACCCAAGGCAAAUGGUAAGCAUUAUAAGUUCGUAAAUAUAUUUUUGUUAUCUUAUUCACAACACUGCUGUUACAUUUGAACAAAGGUAGAGAAAUCUGUAGACAUAGUUUGAGCCUUUAUAACAAUAAAAAUAAAUAAAUUGAACAAAUUUUUGGCGCUAAUAUUUUUGCUAAGUAAUUCGCUGAGAUUUUCACCCAAAUUAUGGUGUGCAUCUUGGUGUUAAAGCGAACGGCAAAUAUGUAGUUUUAUGAGAAGAUUCUUCAUGGUAGGUAUAUAUAAUUUGAGAUUGGCCAGUGCCUGCCAAUUGGCGCCCGCUGUUAGAAAAACUUAAGGCGUUGCUGGGACCAGGGACCGACCUGGGGUCCUACAUUUAUUUAUAGUCUUAUAUUAGCUAGCAUAAAGGACGGUUUCAACAGCAUAAGCUUGCUUCUGCUACUAUAAACUCAAAGAAUGGAAAUAAAAAAUUCUAAAACACUUAUCUUUGUAGAGUUGAAUGGUGAAAACGAAGAGUAAAUUGAGCCUAAAAUAUAUUCAGUUUGGUAGGAAAUGUGCUUGAAUAUAACGAAAUCGUAUACGCUUGAGCGACUUUCUUCAAUAUCUCGCAAUAACUUUCUUAACGCGGUUCUACUUUUUGAAAGCGGUUUUAUUGUUAUUUAAAAAAUAUGUUCUAAAUUUCUUUCAGAAGCCCUGAGUAGAACAACAAAUGUUGAAAUAUUUUCGUCAACUUUGUAAAAUAAAUUUCACUGAGACUCGUGGCAUUUUCUUUUAAUAUGCCGACAAGACUUCAUAGCCAUUUCUACUGGUUGAUCUAGCAAUGUAUAAGCGACCGUUGUGAGAUGGUUUUUUUAUUUGCUGCAGC